UCCAACACACUUCAACACACCAGCUCACACCAACUCAUCCCCAGAGUCCCAGCAGUGGUCAGGCAUGGAGGAGCUGGUCUUCACCCUCAGCUGAAGCCUGGCUGGCCUGGAUGGAAGGAGCACUGCACUGUUAUGGAUGGACAAGCCGUGGACUGAUAGCUUCACGCCACGCUGACCGGAAACACUUUGACAUGGAGUUUGGAAGAAUUUGGUCCAGAUAUCAGAGGACGGUGCUGAUCACCAUGAUGAUGUUCAAGCUGGGCCUACUGUGCACGGCGGCAGCAGAUAAGUGUCUGUCGUCUCCCUGCAACAAUGGCGCCACUUGUCUCGAUCAUCUGGGUGAGUAUGUGUGUAUAUGCCCGAAAGGACCUGUGUGGUUCAUGGGCAAACACUGCGAUGACCUGUUUGAUCCCUGCCUGGAAGCCCCGUGCGCCAACUGCAGCGGCAUUCUCGGGACCGACAACUUCACUUGUCACUGCCCAGAUGGCUUCACUGGCCUCAACUGCACCCAGGACAUAGAUGAAUGUCAUUACAACCCCUGCACAGGGGUCCGGUCCCUUUGUGUCAACAGAGUCAAUGGUUAUACAUGUCACUGUCCCGUUGGAUCUGGAGGAGACGACUGCCAGGAAAACGUAACCACAUGCUCGGAGGAAACCUGCCGGAAUGGUGGCACCUGUGUGGACGACCUGGACAUGGGACACCGGUGCCAAUGCCCUGCUGGUUUCCAGGGGAGGGACUGCGAGGAGGACAUUGAUGAAUGCCGGUCCGAGCCCUGUCAGAACGGAGCCAUCUGUAAAGACGGGGUCAAUGCCUACCAGUGUUUCUGCGUGCCUGGGUUUCAAGGAUACCACUGUGACUUAGACAUCAACGAGUGUGCCUCCAGACCCUGUCAGAACAACGGCACAUGUCUGGAUGAGGUGGACCACUACAGGUGUGACUGUGCUCCAGGAUUUAAAGGGAUUAACUGUGAAGUGGAGAUAGAUGAGUGUGAGGUCCAGCCCUGUCAGAACGGCGCCACCUGCCGAGACUACGUUGCCAUGUACAGGUGCGAGUGCAUGGCUGGUUUCCAGGGCCAGGACUGCGAGGUCAACAUUGAUGAAUGUGCCAGUUUGCCCUGCUUGAACGAGGGCAGGUGCAUAGAUGGGGUCAACAGCUACCAAUGUGCCUGUGAAGGCACAGGGUUUGUAGGAGUCCACUGUGAAGAGGAUAUUCCUGAAUGUGCCUCCGACCCCUGUCAAAAUGGAGCCACAUGUUUGGAGGGAGUCAACCAGUACAAGUGCCUCUGUUGGGCAGGUUAUGAAGGAGAGAACUGCCAGGUGGAUGUGGAUGAGUGUGAAAAGCAGCCCUGUGACAAUGACGGACAGUGUUUCCAGCGCUCAGAUGACUUGCUGUAUGGGACGCUCCCUGAACUCAGCACAGCCACCUUCAGCUAUGAAGAGGCAGCGGGAUUCAUCUGCCGCUGCCUGCCAGGAUUCACUGGAGAUAACUGUUCAGUUAACAUGGACGAGUGUGGGUCUGCUCCAUGUCAGCAUGGUGGAAGCUGCCAGGAUCUGAUCAACUCUUAUCAGUGUGUGUGUCCAGACGGUUUCACAGGUGUGCACUGUGAGGUGGAUAUCAAUGAGUGUGACAGCAACCCCUGCCAAAACGGUGCCAUGUGCGAAGACGCUGCCAACUCCUAUAGGUGUCAUUGUCCUGUGCCAGAGCCUGGCUACGAGCCCUGGGGUGGGCGAGACUGUGACGUCCUUUUGGUUGGCUGCCAACAGCACCAGUGUCAACACGAAGCGUCCUGCGUCCCUGUGCUGACCAACGAUGGCGAGCAUGGCUAUACCUGCUUAUGUCAGGCCGGCUGGUCCGGAGAGCACUGCAACACUUCCACCACAUUCUCUUUUAACUCUGAUGGCUAUGUCCACAUGCAGCUGCCCAUUUUCAGCAACAGAACAAAGCGAGAGGCUGAUGAACAGUACUAUGGUCUCCAGAUGAAGCUCAGGUUCAGAAGCACCCUGCCUGACAUGGUGCUGUUCUUCCGGGGCUCUGUGGAACGCUAUGUGUCUUUGGAGUUGGUUGGAGGGUCGGUGCAGGCCAGGGUGAAGUCUGGGAAACUUCUGCAGGCUUUCUACCCUGUGUCAGUAAACGAUGGGGAGUGGCAUGAGGUCACGGUGACCAUGGAUGAGAGGCUGGUCCUGGUUGUAAAAGGACCAGGGUGUUUGGAAGGAUGCCAGGUGAAGAACGAGGGCUACAACCAUCUGAUCUUCCUCCAGCCCAGCUCCUUUCAGCAGCUCUACAUAGGAGGGGCGCCGCCGGAGUAUCUGACCCAUACAUCCAGCAGGAGGGGCUUCAUCGGCUGCAUGGAAGACCUUCAGGUUGAUUCUAAGCUGCUGCUGCCUAAGGACCUCAUCAGAGAGGAGAACAAGGGCUUGGAGCUGGGAUGUACCAAGCUUGAUUGGUGUCAAGAUGACCCAUGCCGCCAGAGGGGGGAUUGCAUGGACAUGUGGGUUCAUGCCAGUUGUCAAUGUCGUCGGCCUUACUUUGGAGAGCGAUGUGAGCAAGAACACCCAUCCUGGACCUUUGGUCAUGAGAACACCACUAGCUAUGCACUUUUCAGCAUCACAGAAAACCAUGGAGAAAACUUCACCAUCUCCUUUCUCAUGCGUUCACUCAAACACAACGGCCUCCUCCUGCAGCUCCGUCGAGAGGGGAAGCCUUACCUGACUAUCUAUUUAAAGGAAGGCACUGUCGCCGUCUACAGCCCCCACACCACGCUGCUAUCCGAAGCCAAGUUUGUCACCGAUGGCAACAACAAUCUGGUGACCCUAAAGGUGCAUUACGGCCAUGUGGUGUUCCCUAAAGCAGGGAAUCAUCGCGCCUUGGGGAACGUAAGCAUUGAGGCAGGUGAUGAGGCGUAUGUGGGAGGACUCCCCCCAGGGAAGAAUAUGAAUGCAUGGGGUGGAAACUUCAAGGGCUGCCUGCAGGACGUACGGGUGGACCACAGGCAUCUGUGGUCUAGUCAGAAAACCACUGUGGAUUCUUCAGACAGGACUGAAGUUUAUCUCGCCAACACUGAGGAGAAUGUGCUGCCAGGAUGCCAAAGUGAUAACACAUGCAAGGAGGAGCCUUGUUUCAAUGGCGGCCAUUGUCAGAUCACCUGGAAUGACUUCAGGUGUGACUGUCCGAGCAACUACUCAGGCCGGCUCUGCGAGACGCGUUUGUGGUGCGUGGAGAAUCCUUGUUUUGACGGCGUGCGCUGCGUAGACCUGCAGGACGGAUAUGAGUGUUUAACUGAGGCCAUUUUCCAGGACAAUGCCUUACACUAUGUUGCCAACAACUCCCUACUGAGUCCUGUAACCACCAUCACUAUGGAGUUAAGAACACGGGAUGAGAAUGGUAUCCUGUUUCGGGCCACCAGUGAAUCCCAGGUCUUUUGCCUGGGCCUCCUUAACUCCACUCUACUGGUCAAACUGGACAGCGGUGCCGGUUCAGAGCUGGUGGCCUUCACAAGUGACAGGACCAUCGCCGACGGAGCCUGGCACCACAUCCAGCUUUUUAUGGCCGACCCCACACAGCCGGUGUCCCGCUGGCGUCUGGUGGUGGACCGGCAGAGAGCGGGGAGCAGCUUCAGUAAUGCCGGCAACCUCAACUUCCUCAAUGAUACCAAGAUCUGGUUGGCUGAGAAGUACACCGGAUGUUUAGGUGAGGUGAGGGUUGGUGGAGUCUACUUGCCACUCAUUAAUGUUCCAGAAGCCCCCCAGCUGAGCCACUUCUCCAGACUGGGUGGGCACGAGCCAAUCAUAGGAUGCCAAGGAGCCCCGAUUUGUGAUUCCCAGCCCUGUCUGAACCAGGGUGUGUGUUUGGACCAGUUUAAUGAGUUCAAUUGCAGCUGUAGCCCAGGAUGGGAGGGGGAGCUGUGCGAGAAGGAAAUAAAUGAGUGUUUGUCAGGUCCCUGUGUCUACGGUGCAUGUACCGACCUUCUGGCAGACUACAGGUGCAACUGUGAGCCCGGGUACACGGGGAAGGACUGUCAGGACGAGGUGGAUAACUGCCUUGAGUUCAGCUGUGUGCAUGGGGGAACCUGUGUGGAGACGAUGGGGACUCACACCUGUUCGUGUCCUCCGGGCUACGUUGGCAAACGCUGCCAGUGGCGUUUCCCUCCAGUGGCUUGCGAUGCAAACACUGAAUGUCUUAACGGAGGGAUUUGUAUGGGAGGUGAGUCUGGAGGCAACUGCACCUGCAAACCAGGAUACACUGGAGCCAGGUGCGAGACAGAAAUAGACGAGUGUGAGUCCAGCCCUUGUCUAAACGGAGCCUCCUGUCUGGACAGACUCAACCACUACCAGUGUGUGUGUGUGCCAGGCUUUAGUGGAACACACUGUGAGAGCAAUAAAGAAGAGCAGAGGGAGCGUGUCCCCUGGCUCGCCGUCACCAUCCCUCUGACUACCCUGUGUGCGCUGCUGGCCAUCCUGGUGGUGUUUUUCCUCGUCAUGACGGCCCGGAAGAAGCGUCAGUCAGAGGGCACAUACAGCCCUAGCUCUCAGGAGGUGGCUGGAGCCCGGCUGGAGAUGGGCAGCGUCCUCAAAGUGCCACCGGAAGAGAGGCUGAUCUGAGGCCUGCAGCCCUGCCUCACCCAGCGCCUUACAUCCAGAGGAUGUGUCUAAUUAAAGGGCUGAGAGAACAUAUGCUUGGCAGUGUCAUGCUGCUGGUCCAUGCUGCCCUGCAGGGAGGUGAUGGAGGAGGAUAAAUCAGUGAUUGGUCCUCUACCUGGGAAACUACUGAAGCCUCAGAGAUGGACAGGCUAAAGAGCAGAGGCUGAGAGAGACUGUCCUGCAGGGAGGCAUGUCAACGAAGCUCCUCCUGCUGAAAAGAAGAGUCCUGAAGAUGCUUUAUCGCAUGCAAUCAAUAUUAUUUAACAAUUAUUUCUUCCCAAAUCUCUGGAUAUUAUGAAGUACAUCCACAGAGGCUGAAAAUCACUAAAACUGUAAUUCUCAAUGCCCUGGGUGCAGUAGUAUGAGGGCAAGUAAUUCAUCAUUUUAUGGUUUUGCAAAACUGGGCCCUAUUUGCAUUCAGGACCUUUCACUGCAGACUCCACUACUGACUCCGUUUGCACGUCAGAAGAAACGGCAAGAAGGAAGAAUAUAUAUCUGAAGAAAAUUCUGUCAAAUUAGAUUUUAAUUUGUAAA